AUUUUUAUUCCUGAUUCCCGCUAUUUUUGCUUGAAAACGGUGCCAAAUGAUACUCAUGCUGCCAUUAGCCAUUCAGCCAUUGAUAAUAGUGGAAGUCGAAUCUUUGUUGUGAACAAAACUAAAAUCUUUUUUAAAAAUGACAGAAAAAACGUGGACUGUUGUUCAAUUUAUAGAUGAUGCAACAGUUGAAGCUGUGCCGUCAAUGUGGAUCCAAGGGAACCGUUGCCACUGGCCAUCUACAUUACCUAUUGACAAAUUAAAUAAUGCAAUUAGAAAAAAUGAUCCAUUGAAUACUUGCUGGCCAAGUCACACAGUGAAAACUUUCAGAAAUGCCACUUUUGAUGAUUAUAUGACAGCGAGAAAAAAGGCAAAAGUUGCAGAAGAAAGAAGCGACUUGAGUUCCACUGAUGAACAUCAUAAAAGAAAAAGAAUUCAAAAAAUUGUCUCAAGCAGUGAUGAAUCCCUGGAAGAGAAUUCAACAAUUAUUGGUCCAGCUCCAAAGUUUACAAUUAGAAAUAUAAAAGUGACUCAAGAAAUUACAAAAGAUGCAUUAGGUUCUACCCGAGGUUCUACCCAAACAGAAACUUAUCCAGUAAAUGAGCAAUUAUUAACAUCUGCUUGUCAAAAUAUUCAGUGUGUGGAAAAAGAUAAGAUGUUAAAGACCUUGAUACAGCAGGGUCAUAUAUUAAGAGGCCUUGUAACGGAGACUUUGGCGGAGGUCAGAGUGUUCAGAAAAGAGUUCAAACAAUAUCACACUACUACCAAUGAAACUGACACUGGCCACAAGUUUUUUCAGUCGUAUAGUAUGCCCAUUAAAAAUGAGGAGGAGUUCUCAAUCAUAGAAGAGGCGCUUGAGAAUAAAGAGACAUUGUUGAACACAAUCACCGAAGUAUCUAAAUUGGGAGGAGCCACGGUAUACGAUUUUGUGAGAAGGGCAAUGAUAUUAAUAUUAACAAAUGAAUUUGCCAAUGAAUAUAGCUGGCUAGGUAGGAAGGGUAAAAAGCCUUUCCACACCACAAAUAUUGCCAAAAUGGUAAUAAGAGCUGCUGAAGUUGCUGGUUUGACAAAAAGUCAAAAGGAAACUGAGGUUUCUAUACAAACAUGGCUACGGAGGGCGUCAGAUCGACGCAACAGUGGAAAAAUUAUAAAAAAAUUUUAAAAUAAAUAAAAAAUAGGUACCAACUUA